AUGAAGAUGGAAUGUGAUAGCACUACAGAAACGAAGGAAGGUUUUUAUCUUCCGGAAGAGUUGACAAGAGAGAUCCUCGUAAAACUCCCAAUCAAAAGCGUCCUAAGGUUCAAGGGUGUUUGUAAGUCAUGGCGCGAUCUGAUAGAGGGGGUUGACUUUGUGAAGUCGUAUACUCCGAAACCAUGUCUGGUAUUCUAUUGUAGCGACACCUACGCUGUCUGCGAUGUCGAGGCAUUCGAGCCACUUUUCGAAUUCCGGAUGUUUGCUCGAAAUAGGUAUGGAAACACUGUUCACUAUUGUAUUGUAGCUGAUUCAAUUAAUGGUUUGCUUUUGGUGAAGGAAAUAGCAUACAAUAAUAUGCUUUUUGUGUGCAAUCCAAUCACUCGUGAAUGUGUCAGGCUUCCUCCUUUGCCUACUUAUUGCUGCAUAGUUGGAUUUGGAGUGAGCAAAUUAAGUGGGAAAUAUAAGAUAUUAUAUGGUGAUAAAUUUGGGUCAUGCCAUGUGUGCACUCUAGGAGAAGCUUCUUGGAGAAGCAUCUCAAAAGCCUCACCGGGUAGGCCUUUACUAGAUCGUAAUAUUGCUUCAUUUUCGAACGGAAAUCUUCACUGGCUGGCGUCGGAUUCCCAGAAGAAAAACUUUAUUUGUUGCUUUGACCUUGAAACCGAGCUAUUUACCAGUUUUUCUCUCCCUCCUCGUGUUUAUGGUAGCAACAAACUUCGCGAGUAUCGGUUGUGCAUCUUGGAGGGUCGCCUAUGUUUAUGCGACACUUUUGAUCGCUAUAAUAUUGUUAUCUGGUUGAUGAGCAACUACGGAGAUGAGAAUUCUUGGGUAAAGAAAUUUGUCUUCUGCCAACGCGUAAAUAAACCUUCUUGGCUGCACAACAUUGAUUCCUUACAACUUGUUCGGCCGAUCAAAGUUUUAGCAAAUGGUGACUUGUUGUUCCGUAAUAAUCGACUAUAUACAUACUCCAAAGAGUCUGAAACUCUUGCGAGUUGGGGUGAUCGUCUUGCGGUAUCUACCCAUGAUUAUUGCAACAUCGUUAUUUAUACACCAAGCUUUCUUUCGCUCAAAGCCAUGGGGAUUCAUAAUGUUCGGUCAUUAGAAAUAUUGAGUCCAUUUUAUUCAUCUUUCUUACAAGAAGAACGUUACGACUUUCAUAAGAGGAAGAGAUAUUCAAUCAUUUAG